CCGGUCCUCGGUGCCUGAUCUCCGGACUGUGACUCCGCCGGUCCUCGGUGCCUGAUCUCCGGACUGUGACUCCGCCGGUCCUCGGUGCCUGAUCUCCGGACUGUGACUCCGCCGCCGCCUCCAGGGUUCCUGAGAGCUUCUUGUUGGCUUCCCCAAGAAACAGAAGAUUAUAAGAGGAAUCAUUGGAGAACGCUGGGAGAUAGUUCCAGCUAUGCCAACGCUAAAAGGACAACCGCCCAAACAUUAGGAGAGUUUUACAGAAACAUUGAGAGCACCAUGGAGCAAGUCGGGGAGGAUCUUAACCUCUCCUUUCUGUUGGAAAAUGAAAGAGAAAUAAUCCUGAAGGUGCUGCAGAAAGAUGAGAAGCUGAGGAAGCGAGAGGAGAAAAGGAUACGGAAGCUGAAAAAUGAGCUCCUGGACAUCAGACGAAAAGGUUCCCGUCGGCAGCAGGAUCUGGGGGAGCGACAGUGCGCUCGCUGCCUCAAGACUUUGGGGCUGAUCUUCGAUCGUGGAGAUCUGUGCGAGGAGUGCCGCCUGCGAGUCUGCAACGAGUGCCGAGUUACGCAUCCCAAAUCACGGCAGUGGAGGUGCAACGUUUGUGCCAAGAUCUCGGAGCUGAAGGUGGUGACUGGAGAGUGGUUCCUGGAAGAACGGUCCAAGCGUUUUGAACAAGGAGUGCUGAGCAGCGACGUGAUCAAACAGACAAUCAUGAGCAGCCCGACAACCACAGAAAAAAAGUCUACAGAGAACCUGUCGGCCUCUCCUGAGCCUGAGAAAUCCAGCUCUCCAAGAUCUAACAGAAGUGCAGUGGUGGACGGUGCCAAGAGGAAAGGAAGGAUGAAGAUGGAUAAAAAAGGCAGCCGGCCCGUCCAGAAGCCAGAGAACGGAGUCGACGGCGAUGGAGAUGCUCAAAGCGCCCGAAGCAUCUGCUCUGCUGCACAUUCAAACAGGAGCAGUGCAGUGGCGUUGGAGUCCUCAGGGAUGCCCACGGUACCCAACAACCUGCGAUCCCAGACUCCAGACAAAUCAUCCACUCCUAGCGACAGCCGGAGGGUCAGGCCCGACGGAGCAGAGAGCGUCGCCAGUUUGCACUCCAGUGACGGUGCGUCUGAGAAGAAACCCACCGGACAUCACAGGACAAACUCCAGCACUCCGACCAUUUCUGUGUCCAGGGCUUCCGUCUCAUCAGAUCACAGCCGCUCAGAAAUGGACCUGUCGGCUCCCGGUUCUGAUCCCAGCGACGAUGCUCUCAGCCUCAGAAGCCGUUCGGUUCCUGGACUCAACGAAACAGAGUUUUCUGAUGAGGAUGCAGAGGAAGACAUUGACGCCUUGAUGUCGGCCCACAGCAAGACUGUCAGCCGACGCCUCAGCAAUGCAGUGUCAACGUCUUCCACUCCCUGCUCCGAGAGGCGAUGGGGUUACCUCAAUGUCCCCGACUCGGAUGCCGAGACUAGCAGCAUUAACAGCAUGAUGAGCAUGUACAGCGAGACCGGUGACUAUGGCAACGCCCGGGUGAGCGGUGAGAUCCUGCUGAACAUCAGCUACAGCUACAAAACCGGUGCGCUCAACGUCCUGGUGAAGGAGUGUCACAACCUGGCAACCGGAGAUGAGAGGAGGCAACGCACGGACGCCUAUGUGAAGACUUACCUGCUGCCAGAUACGUCACGACAGAGCAAGAGAAAGACGAGCAUCAAGGCCAACACCAUUAACCCUGUUUUCAGUGAGAAUCUGAGGUAUGUGAUCAGCCACUCACAGCUGGAGACCCGAACCCUUCAGGUGUCCGUCUGGCAUCACGACCGGUUCGGACACAACAGCUUCCUGGGAGAGGUGGAGCUGAGCUUUGACUCCUGGGAGUUUGAUUCCCACAUAGAGGAGUGGUACUCUCUGCAGCCUAAAGUGGAGAGCAGCAUGGACUGUACGAUGCAGUAUAAAGGAGAGCUGACGGUGGUGUUGAAGUACAUACCAGCAGAGAAGAAUCUCAUGCUGCCUCUGGACCAAGUACAAGUGAAGAAAAGUUUCCUGAAAGGCAAAAAGACGAGCAGCUUCACUCUGCCUAAAGGAGGCAUGGUUGAGCUGCUGGUCAAAGGAGCCAAAAAUCUCACUGCUGUCAAGUCUGGAGGCAGCUCGGAUCCGUUUGUAAAAGGAUACCUCCUCCCUGACAGCAACAAGUCGACCAAACACAAGACGGCGGUGGAGCGACGCACCGUGAACCCACACUGGAACCACACCUUCACCUACUGCGGCCUGCAGCCUGGAGACCUGAACAACGUCUGUCUGGAGCUCACCGUCUGGGAUAAAGAGGCUUUGGCCAGCAACGUGUUCCUGGGAGGCGUCAGGCUGGGAGCUGGCACAGGCAAGAGCUACGGAAACGAGGUGGACUGGAUGGACUCCUAUGGGGAGGAGCAGCGGGUUUGGCAGCGUAUGAUCGAAAACCCAGAAGUCCCUCAGGAGUGCACACUGAUGCUACGCUCCAGCAUGCGGAAGUUCAACACGUGAGGACAGAAGAGGGAAAAGAAAGAGAAGGAGGGGUGGAGCGGUCAAGAAUAAACACAACCCAACCAGUUAGUAACAUUAGAAGUACAGUUUGUCAGUCCGCAGAGACGGUGGCUCUUCCUUAGGUUAGCUUCCUGCUAACCUUCCUCAUCCAUGUUUCUCCUCCGAAGCAUCUCGUCCCGACCAAGCACUGCUGUUUAUAUUGUCUGUUACUUUCUGUACCUUCAGUCACACAGUGACUCCUAAAGCGUCUGUCCUCGUCUGCCUGCGUCAUUUCUGCAUGUAGUUGCGGCCAAUGGAGACCAUUUGUGAGGCGUCAGACCAUCAAAAGCGGAAAAUAUUCCCUUUAACCAAGCUGCAUCUGGUCCGAAGCACAUAAAGGUUCACAAAGGUGGAAGGAGACUAGUUCUGGUACUGCUGUGCUGCUCAAGAAGGACUUUUAUUUGACUUUGACUAUUAUUAUGAGAAACUAGAUUAAAAUUGAGAAAACUAAAUUUGAGAUGAAAUGACAGCUUCUGUGGAUUUUAAAUUAAAAUGUGAUCCACUGAGCCAGCAUUCAGCGUUCACAAGUUCAUCCUAAGUUAUCAAUUCAGACAAAAAUGUCAAAUGCGCUUUUUUUAUGCAUUGCUUUUGAGCUUUCAAGUUAAGAUCAUUAAACAGUCAAAUUCAGUAAUCCCUAACCCUGACCCUCAGUCAAAGUUCUUAAAAAAUUGUAGAUUGUCCAUACAUAGUCUACAUCAUGUAUUAUUAUUAUUAUUAAAUGUCAUUAUUGCUAUGGAAGUCAUAAUUUGCAUUGAAAUAGGCCCGUUUUGACUGACAAAGUAGUUUAUCAUUUGCAGAGGAACCGCCCUGCCAUAUCAAAUUUAGUUCCAUCUUUGCAAAGCAGUAAUCGUCAUCUUCUCUUGAUGAAUUAAAAGCAUUAUUUGAAGCUCCGUGGAGCGUCGUCCGAAAGGCUUCUCAGAAAUUCUUGCCUUUUAAGAUGAAAACAACACAAAAUUCUGCUGGAGGCGAAAAUUGAAAUGCAGAUUAUUCUACAAUGCUACAGUUUCAUUUAGCAGACACUUUUGUCCAAAGCGACGUACAACACAAGCAAGAAUUCAGACAUAAUGAAAAACCUGUAGCAGUCAGUGCAAAAGUGCUUCAAGUGCAAUUGGUCAAAGGUGUUGCCAUAUAUUCAUGGAAUAUAUUAAAAACACUCUAACCAGGACUGCAGCUAGCUAACCCAGAUCCAACCAACUUCAGAUCACUUUGAGACAAGUGGAAGAAUAAAAAGAACAAAUCUGUGUGAAGGAGAGUGGACCUCUGACCACCAACUGGUUAGACUGAACCUUUAUUAAUCCCACACCUGGUGAUGCUGUUCUCUCAUCCCGGAUGCAACAUGAUGGGGAUGGUUGACUGUUGAUGGUUCACUUUUACUUGACUUGAAUUUAAAAUCACAGAUUCCAUCAACAUUUUCAGAAGUUGUAGGCACACUGCGGCCAGUCAGAAUCUAUGGCAUCAUUCUAAAGAGUUAAACUAACAGCAUGUUUACACAGUUGAGUAAGUAAGAGUUAGCUUCUGCUUUCGACUACUCAAGACAAAUAUUUGCAGACAUCUCAAAUGCCAUUCUGAACUGUUGUGCUAGAUGCAGCUCCAGCACAGCUUGGGGUUAGUAAAAUCGUAUCGUAAAAUAAAUUGAAUCUAAUGAAUCACCACUGCAGUGAAAUAGGAAGAGGUAAUCGGCAAAGAGUUUCGUCAGAGACUUGUGGUCCAAAUCUGCUACAACUUUGGCAUCAGGCUGCUCUGAUGUAGUAGGAAAGUAGUUUGUCAUUUGCAGUUGCAGAUGUUUGUAAAGCAAGCCGUCUCUGCCUCCGACUUUGGCUUUUACAUAAAAACAGUUAUCGCCAUUUCUAGGUAAUCCUAGUCUGUGAUAAUAGUGGAGGUAGUCUUGUCCUGUAGAUAUCUGAAAAUGGAAUUACAGCUCAUCAUAAUUCUGAUAUCUACAUUGUAGAUAUCUACAGUAAGACAGUCCACACACAUGAAUGGCAAAAGUAGACAUCUGAAAUGCCAGCUGACGACAUAAUGGAUGUCUAUAAUGUUCUUAUUAAGUAGAAUUGAAUUACUGAUAUGUGAAAACGUGUCCAAUCUAGAUUUCAAAUGUCAAGGAAAUCGGUGCUGAUUUUCUGUCCCAACACGCUGCUUUUUUCUGCUUGCACAGAUAUCGAGAAGCCUGAAAGCAACAGGAGUCCUAUUCCUUUGUAAAUUGUCGCUGAUUUAUUUCUUGUCGAUUGAUUCAGCGACUAAUUAAAAGAAAGCUAAAAUCCUUGAGAAAGUGAAGGCAGUACUUGUGGUCGUCGGUUGGCGGUACUUGUAAAACAAAUCUGUGGCACAAAGUCUAGACGGAUUGCACAACUUUGAGUAGCUUCAAUGUAAAUUUAGCACAAUAUUGUCAGUGUGAAAACAGAAAGUGCAUGUUUCACAGACAAAAGAAUAAAAGCAGUGAUGUCCCCAUAAAGCACUGAUGCUGACAUCACUUUACAGGAAGGAAAAAUUGUGAUCUGAGAUGUGACAGAGUGAGUCAGCUCUGAGGUGAGCAGCUAAAAACUGUCCAGAGACAGCCAGGCGGCGACCUUGUUCCUGUCGCUGGGGCUCAGUGAUGAAUCACACAGUUCAUGAAAAACAUUCUCAAGUGAAACCCAUAGAACCGAUCAAUGUGAUUUGUUCGCUUGUCCUUGGCUAAAAUCUGUUCUGAGCUCUCUGGGGAAAAGUUUCACAGCCACAGUCCAAGUAGUGAUAAGUUCAUUGUCCACCAUACCCUAACCCUCGUGCAAUACCUGAUUACUGAAGAAGCUCUUGAUGUACAGCAUGAGCUAUUGAUGUACAGCAUGAACUCAUGCUGUUCAGGUUAACGUUUCUGAGCCUAUUUUGUCCCAAAUGUGUUCCAGGAAUAUUUUGAAAUAAACACAUCUUUCCAUA